AUGUCCGCCUCAGGCAUCUUCUCCGUCAUGUCUGCCUCCCCAUCGCGGUCUUCUUCACCCGCCGUGUCAGCCAAUCCCAAUCACCAGAUCCCUUUUAAUAGCGCACCCGUUCAACAUGCACCCAGUCCACUCGGCUUCGGCUUUGGCUUUGGUUCUUCUUUCGGUGGCAACAAUGUUGGCGUCUACUCUUCAGCUUCGCCCUCGUUUGGCUUUGGAUCCGCAUCUACCUCUGCAUCACUAACGGCACCUAGUCCAACGAGACGUUCAGAUGCAAAGCGCCGCAGAGACCUCGAUGAGGAUGACGACCUCGAUGACGAAGACGAAGACAUGGCACAUACCCGAAGCUCUCGGCUAGCAUCUGAUCCGUUCGCACUUUCGCACGAACACAAGCGUGUCGUGCUACCGAAGCGGAUACGGGCGGGGCUCGGGUUCGGACUCAUGAAUACCGAGGCGUCUCAAGCAGCAUCAGCCACUACAUCUGCCUUCUCGCCAUCAUCUUUGGUGCAUCCACAAAGCAACACCUCAUACACCUUGUCGCCAUCAUCGUCGAAACGCCCGGCUUUGGGUCUCUCGAAUCGCGUCGGCAUGUCGGGUAUCGACGUGGACAUUGGCAAAAUGCUCGCUUCCAUGGACAAGCCAUCGUUGCUCUCGAUGCUUUCGUCUCUGCUCAUGCAGUCCAAGGAUGCCUCUCUUCCGGCACAGAUUUUGUCGUUGCUUCCAGCACCUUCGCUGGAUUCGGUCGAGAGUUCGCUGGAUGAGCUCGAAAAAGCGAUCCGCUCAGCGAUACCUUUUGUAGCUGAUGGCAGCUCUGUACGGCACGAAUACACUUGGUCCAGGUUGCGUGCACCGAUUGCUAGCUUUGUCGACGCUGCACUUGGCUAUCUGCCGUUUUUCGUUACCGAGUUGGAUUCGGACCGCGAGCAGCGAUUGCGCGAGCGCGAUCCGCGACUGCAAGCGGAUAGGGAAGAGGUGCAUCCGGCGACAACGUUCACGUUCCUGUUGAUGAUCACGAGCCGUGUGCUGCGUCUCGAGGCGCUUCUGCCGUCGGUGACGAAAAGCAGUCUGGCGUUCAACCUGUUUACUGCAUCGGCGCAGCCAAACUUUGGUUUGGGUGGCAGUGGUGCAUGCACGGCCUCUUCAGCUAGCAAGCUGGGCGGUGUGGGCGCCACGGAUGCGUACGGCAAGCACAGCAACCUGGCUUACAUGUUGGGGACAGAGUUCGCAUCCCCCUCGUCACCCGAUGCGCUCAUGACCGUGUUGAUGCCUGCCGUACUCAAGCAGUGGACCACACUGCUGCAUCGGCUGGACAAGGCAGUAAAUGGGGAUGCGAGAAUGUUUUCGCAGGAACUCGUGCUCAAUUGGGCGAGAGCGUUGGAAGCUACAGGUACACAGGGUAGCGUUAAGAAGGACCACCAGAAACAAGAGGAACUCCUCAUUCGAAAAGCCAUGGAUGAAGUACGCAAUCGACUCGAAAGGGAUCUCGCUUGGUUGGUCGGUGGCUCCCAGUACCAUGGCGUCCACAAGAAGGAUAAACGCACUAGAGCUGCUAGUAUGAGUGACGAGGAAGAGCUGUAG